CUCCGGAUUGAUCGUCGGAGAUACCCGCAAAUCUUUAUCAGAUAACUAGUCCUCACGCUUACGUAUAUAAUUCCAUAGAUAGUUCAUUUACACUAUUUUAUUGGUAAUUUGGUAGUGCUGCGUAUCUUGGAAUCUGUUCCUAAUAAAUAGGUUAAUACCCUGUCGGAGGGGUAUUCAUAUCUGAUUCAUUCGGAAGAACAUUAGAUAUCGAAAGAGUUAAUAGGAUUUCUAAAAUGGCUGUCGAUCAAGGACCCCCGGCAGCCCCAGUCACGAUUCCGGUAAUCGAUAUUUCCGGGUAUAUUGCGGGGGACUCGACUCGGACGGCUCAGAUCGCCGAAGAAUUGAGCGCUGCAUGUCGCGCCCCCGGGUUCUUUCAGAUUGUCGGACAUGAUGUUUCUUCUGAACUACGAACGCGCCUGUUCGAGAAAACUGCGCAGUUUUAUCGUCUCCCUUCGGCUAAGAAAUCUGCAUUAGGCCAGGGUUUCUCCGCGAAUGGCGCGCGGGGUUACGAAGCUCUCGGGGCCGAGAUCAUGGAGGGCGAUUUCAAAGAUCAAAAAGAAGGCUUCAUGAUGGGUCCUGAACUUCCGCCCGGAAGGUUCUUGCAAGGACCGAAUUUGUGGCCCGAGGAAGUUGAUUGUCCCGAGUUUCGGUCGACGAUGGAAGAAUACUUCGCUGCUGCCCGAGGUCUUAGCGUGAAAUUGUUUCGCUUGCUAGCGUUAAGCUUGCAUCUCGAGGAGCAUUAUUUUGAUGAUUUCGUCAACAGUCGAGACUCUAUUUCAAUGUAUCGUAUACAUAAAUAUCCACGAACGGAUGCUGAAAUGGCGAAGAAAUCCCGUGGAACGGGUGCCCAUACGGAUUUUGGUGCUAUGACACUACUACUUCAAGAUAAUAUUGGGGGCUUGGAGGUCUUCCACCGGCCAACAGACACAUGGAAUGCUGUGCCCUAUGUCCAAGAUGCGUAUGUUGUCAACAUCGGCGACAUGAUGGAACAGUGGACGAACGGUCGGUAUAUGUCGACAGUUCAUCGUGUCAUAUCACCAAUUUCGGACAGGGACAGGUAUAGUGUGGUUUUCUUCAAUGAAGGCCUGCUCGACCAAGUCAUCGAAUGCAUUCCAACUUGCAUCGAGCCCGGCGAGACCCCUUUACAUCCACCUGUGACAGUAGAAGCGCACCUGAGAAGACGAUAUGGUGAUAGUUAUGGAGUAAGUAAGGACAAGGGCACAAAUUAGAAGCUGCUUGAAGUUAAAUUAGUAUACAGUGUAUAGAGAAGUUAAUGAUUGGCCUCAAGG